AUGAAUUCGAGAAUGUGGAAUACUGAAAUGUUGAAUCGACAAUUUUAUGAACAUAUUAGGAAAUUGACCGAAGUUGAGGUAAGUCUGGGGUGGGUUUUCCGCAAGCCGCAAGCUUCCGGUCAGCAGCAAAGUUACCUUGAUAUUCUAUAGGUUAGCCAAAGAAGUUAUGGUAACUUUAAGGGCAAAUUUUGAAAAUUUUCGGAUUACAGUACCUCUUGCAGUCUUUUUUAGUUAUCCUCAGAAGUCUGGGAAGUUUUGAGCAAAGAUCUCUUUGGUUACGGUAUAUCUUGCAGUUCGAGCAAAGCGAGAGGCAAAGAUACCGUAACUUUGUGAAGUUCAGAAUUUUUCGAAAAUAUAUUUGAGCUGUCUAACUCAAAACUCCCCAGUUUUUCAAAUUUGCAAAUUUAAUCUUUGAAAUUCCGAAAACUCAUUUUCAAUAUUUUUUCUCAUUUCCCUUCUAUUUAUUUAGUUGGACACCUACAUCAUUCCCUCCAGACAUUAUUUUUUAUUUCAAAAAUAAAAAAUACAUAAGCACAUUUCCUUUCAUCUUCUCAUAUCUAUAGAUAGAUUUAGACUAAUUUCAAAAGUCAGGAAAUGAUUCUGAAAUAAUAUUAUUUUUGAAAUUUCUAGAUUAGCCAGAGAAGUUAGGCUAACUUUACCGAUACCCGGAGGCUUGUGGUUCACACUUUCUCUGCUCGAAUAAAAAGGCUUUUUUUUUAGAAAUUUGAUGCUUAUUCUAAUUUUUUCAAUUUUUAUUCUUCUGUUUUCUCAAAAACACGGAGAUAAAAAAAGAAAAUUUUCAUUUUUUUCGAUUUUUGAUCCAUUUAUUUUGAACACCUCAAGAAAACAUUCCUAAAAAUUCGAAUUACCAUAACUUCUUUGGCUCAUCUGUAGAAUCUUAGGGUAAUUUUUUUUCCGCGCGGAAGAUGCGCGGAAGACUGUGGUCUACAUUCGCAUGAAAUAUUUGAUCGUGUUUUGAAGAUUCAUAGAUUAAGAAAAACAUCAUAAUUUUUCUUUUACAUAAUUGAUUGCAACAUUCAUCAGACGAUGAAUAGCAGCGAAAAUUGUCUGAAAAUGUUUUUUUUCUUUAUCUGAAAUUAUAAUGUUUUGCUCACCGAGGUGGCAUUUUUUCUAUUUUUGAAUACAUAAUGAGCUACAGUAACCCAGGUUACUGUGGAUCGAUUGUUUAUAAAAUCUUUUUGAGCCCCUUGAAAUACUGCUCGAAAUGAUGUACAGUAACCCGGAGUACUGUGAAAUCUUUGGCCGCAAAAUCUGAAAAAAAAUUCUGCAGCUUAAGAGUAAGCAGAUCAAAAUUUCCCAGAAAAGUUUUUCUCCGAAAAUCUCCAAGUUCAAACAACUUUUUGUGACAUCAAGAAUUCCACGAAAACACUUUUUGAACUUUUUUUCUUACAAAUAUUGAUUCCACUCAUUAGUCUAAUCCCUUUCAAGUCUCAUGUAAAAUUUUCCAAAAAAAAUUUAGUUCCUUUUUUUUGACCACUUGAGAAGUCUAAUCAAACUAAUUUUUUCUUCUUUGCUUCCCCUCAAACUUGACUAAAAAAGUUUCCUCGAAAAAAUAUUUACUUUUUCAAGACGACUAAAGUUUUUCCACUUUUUGCAGUUCGCACAUAUCAAAGCUGGAUGUUUGACGCGUAGUUGUAUUUUCAGGUUAGUUUUGAAAUUUUGGGGAUUUUUUCCACAUGGAUGUUUUGUAAAUCAAUGAAAAGCCAUUUUUGAAAUAUUUUCCAUUCAAAAAUAUUUUUGGCAAUAGCUUCGCUACCGCUUGAAAGCGAUACAACACACAGAACACGCGAAUAUAUAAAUUUCUGGUGUGGCCGACGGUUAACGGGUUGUGCGCGCUGACAUUGUUUGUGUGCGAAAAGGGCGGGGCUUAAUGAAGAGAGCGCGUUUUUACACAAGUUUUCAAGGUUUAUGAGUGAAUUUUCAUAAAAAUGUUGAUUUUUGCAAGUAUUUAUUAACAUUGAUUCACGCGUACGCGGAGCGAUGCGGCCUCAAAAGUCCACGUGACAUCAGCAAAAAUGUGCCAAAAAUCGGCCAAAAGUCUUCGUGGAAUAGUUAAUAAAUCAUCUGCAAUUUCUCAAAAUCAGAAUAUGUCUGAAAUAAACAUAGGUUUUCAGCAGCACAAAAAUCACACCUGAAAAUUUUGUUUUGCCAUGUUUUCUCUGAUUUUUUUUCUUCCAAAUAGUAAUUAUUUUUCUCACAUCACCCGUUAUUUUGAGAAACUGAAAAUAAACAAAAAAAAGUUCCUGUUUCCAAACAUUUUGAUUUUUAAAAUUUUCAUCUGCAUCACUAACCUCCUAGCUGUCUAGUUUCUCUGCGUCUUUCAUUUUCUAGCUCUCUGAUUUCUCUGCGUCUCUCAAUUCUUCAUGUUCUCUAGUUGUGCAAGUUUCACCUUCAACUUUUGAAUCUAUGAAUCGUUAUUUAUAUUUUCAUAUUCCCAGAAAACUUUUUCAUAUUCUUUUGUGCAGUCUCGGUUGUUUUUCAGUUCUUCCUUCCUCUUUGUUCUUCAUUUUUUAAUAUUUUUUCCUUGUUUUCUUGGAGUUUGAUGUUCCAAAUGUUCGUUUUGAGGUUCAAAAAAGCCCAUCUCAUAAAUCAUGAAAUUGUUGUCUCUCAAGAGAUCUCUCAAAUUACCGUGCACUUUUGACUAACAAACAAAAAAAAAGAAGAAAAUUGAGGCUAUCCGGAUUUUUCAUCUUCUCCCUUUCAACUUGUUUUUUUCCAGAGGUUUUCUAGUUUUUCAUCUUCUUAAAAAGUUGCAAUUUUCAGUUUUCAGAAAAUCUUUAACUAAUUCAUAGAAUUCUUACAUAAAUACAUAAUACUUCCUUCCGGAAUUUUCUGAUUUAUGAUUUCAUAUCAAAAAGCAUUUUGCCUCCCUUUGCGACAUUUUAAAUAGUGUGAAAAAAGAGGAGCGUGGUCGAGUGGUAUUCACGCGUGCCUAGAAUUCGCAAAAUCCUGGUUUGACCCCCAACCGACGCACAACUUUUUUUUCAAAUUUUAAAAUCAGAUUAUUUUUCAAUUACCCCUUUCCGAAAAAAAAGGUUUUUGACCUCGCGCGGAUUUUUCUCCGGAUGUUUUUAUGAGACUUCCUACUAUUUUUUCCUGUCUUUAUUUUCAGGCAAAAAAAAAGUCGGAGCAACAAAAAACACAGCAAAAAGCAAAAAAAAAUAACAGAAUUAUAAUUUUUCUAUGAAUUUUAGAUGUUUUUUGAGUUGUCUUCCCUUCUUUUUCUCAUUUUUCAUAAGAGUUUUUAAAGAAUUUUGCAGAGUACUGUAGUUGUUAUGAUCAGAGAUUGCAGUGUGGCUACUGUAAAAUUUGUUGAGAAUUUUGCAGUCCGGUUACUGUAGUUAUUUUGCUCUUAGUUUUGCAGUCUUGAAGAGUUGUUAUUUUGCUCAGUUUGCAGUCUGGGUACUGUAGCUUUCAGUCUAACAAUCAGUGUUUGCAGUUCGAAGGGCUACAGUUAUCAGUUAAUUUUCCACAGUAUCCAGCGUUCGCAGUCUAGAUACUGUAGUUCUUUUUUUGUUCAGAAUUUGCAGUUCAACUACUGUAGUCCAAUGAUGAAUUACAGUAAUACUGGCCUAAAAAUAUUAUACUCUUUCUAAACUUGCAGUUCGAAUACUGUAGCUCUUAUUUUUGAUAAAAAUUUGCAGUCUAAUUACCGUAGUCAGAGAGUACGGUAGCCCGAACUGCAAAAUUUCGAAAGUUUGCAGUUUGGGUUACUGUUGGCUUUUUGUGGAUCAGAUCGAGCAGGGCGAUUACUGUAGUUGUCUUCAACUGCCUACAGUAACCCGCACUGCAAACAAUAUUUGCUGAAUUCAGUUUUUUUCACCGCCCACAUGACUUUUUCGACUUUUAUUUUUCUGCAAAAAUUUGAAGACGCCCUAAAUGAGUCAUUUAAUCAAGGGCUCCUCUCGGUUUAUUUUUCUUUUUCUUUUUUUUGACGCGUGACCAAACUUUGCCUUCUUCUUAUGUCCUAAUUACAAGUUUCGGCAAUUUUUGAGAACAAAGUUUUCGCUUCCUUUUUUUGACGCCAAAACUCAAGUUUUUCUUUUCGGCUCGUUUUGUUUUUGUGCACUUUUUGGGAAAAGUUAUUAUGAGAAUACAUAUAUGAUUGCACUAAUUUUUCACAUGUCGUCGUCUUGUUUUCCUAGGCUCAUAUUAUUUGCUGAAAUAUUUCAGCUAAGAAAAAAAUUCAGGAUUUCCUGCCUUUUGGAACAUGUGAUUUUAUGUUGCUCGAAAAAAUUAAUUUCGGAGUUUUAAUGUUUUCUGAAAAUGAAAUUAUCCAGGGCUUCUGGAGGUUCUCUGUGGGUUUUUGAAAUUUUCAAAGCUUCUUAAAAUUUCCCGAGGUUUUUUUAAGCUUUCCAAGAGAUUCUUUGAAUUCUUUCAAAUAUUCCUAGAAAUCUCUCAAGGUUUUUAGAGAUCCUUGCGGUUCCUACCCAUCUGGCUUGCAAAUCUAUGUUGGAUCAAGAAUAUUAUUUUUUUCUGAUCCUCGGAUCAAAAAAUAAUCAGAGUAUUAGAUUCGUAUUUGUAGAAAAUCACAAAAUCACAAUGCCAAAAAUAUUGUUCUGUGAAAUUCCGUUUUCAGAAAACAAUAACUUUUUCAGCCAAAAUUUUUCAAUAAUCCUGUCGAAAAAAAUGUUCAAAACUUUAUCCAAUUUUUUUUCGAAUUUUAAUUUUUUGUGUUCAUUUGCUGAUUUUUUGACCUUAUUAUUUGUUAUAUGUUAUUAGAAGUCGAAGUAGAAUUUAUAAAACUAUUCUUUUGGGGCCCUUUAAAUCAACAUCAAGCGUGCUCGAGUUCUGAAGUUUAUUUGGAAGUACAACUUUUCCAACAAUCUAUAAAUUCCCACACAUUCCAAAAAACACGUCAUUUUCCACUGAAUAAAUUUUAUUUUCAUAAAUGAAAAUUGUGAAAAAUGAAUACGAAAUAAGGCACCAGAAUCCUCUCGCCUCCGUCAUUUUCGUCUUCAAAAAGUGCACCUUUUCCUCAGUCGCCAAUAAUAAUUAAAGAAAAAAUAAUUCCGUUUUUUCUUUCAUUUUAUUCCCUUUUUUUCCAGUUCUCAUUAAAAAUACCAAAAUGUCCUUUUUUCUUCCAAUUUUUUAUUCCUUUGUUUUUCGUUCUUCAAGAAAAAAUUGAAAAUGAAAUCAAUUAAUUCCACGUGUUUUUCACGUCAAAAAUAUUUAUUUUUUGCAUUUCUAAAUAAUUUCUUGAGCCCAAAAAAACAAGCAAAAAACAGCAAGAGCAGCAAAAAUGAAGUGUUUACACAAUGUUCUGGGCUCACUCAAGCCACGCCCCUUUUUCGUAUGUGUGCUCAAAGUCUAGCCUAUAAUUUUAAGAUUUUUCUUUUUUUCUUCUUAUUUUCUUGGUAUACUUUUUUUUUCUGAAAAUGGAAAAAAAACAGAAAAAGUUUGAUUGACACGUUUUUUUUGUGAUUUGUUGGUUAAACAAAAAAAAAAACAACUUAAGAGAAAAACAAAAAUUUAUUUUUUUUUGUUUUUAGCGCCAUGAAUUUUUUGCCUGAAAAUGUGUCGGAAAAUUUUUGAAAUGCAUGUUUUGCACUAAUUUUUUUCUUGACAGAUUGUUUUUUUCGGAAAAAAAAAUGAAAAUGAACAAAUUUUGACCUCUUCAAAAAAUUUCCACAUUAUCAAUUAGAACAUCAGAAAACUACCGUAGUCUUUUUCAAAUCGAUGUUUGACACCGGAACUUGAGCUUUUCUCGUUUCGUUAAUUCAUUCGAGAAGUUUCUUCGAAUUUCCGAUCAAGUUUUUUUUUCAAUUUCCUCACUUUAUUUUUGUCAUGCAAAGAACUUCUGUGUUCAAAUAAUUACUUUUCAUUGAAUAUUUUUUGAUAAUAAGAUUUAGACCACUUUUGAGUUCAAAAUUUGACACCUAAAGGUCCAGUUCAGCUUCAGAUUCUAACACCCUCAUAUUUUACUCAUCUACUAUAUACUAAUUUGAAUUGAUUUAUUUUCAGAACAGUCAUGCAAGAUCAAUCAGUGUUACUGAAUUGCAGUUAUCGAUACAAUGAACAUGAUCCCGUUUCGCCGUAUGCACUUUGGAUUGAUGUAAGUUUCCGCGAACUUCCGCGUGUCUACCGCUGCCACGUGGAUUGCUAUGAGGUGGAAUAUCAGUACGAUUUCUACGACAUAGGAAUCCACGUAUAUCCCUCAGCGCUACAUUUUUGGAAAUCAAGUCUUCCGAAAAUGUUAUACGUUUCAAAUUUAUUUGAAUUGAUUUUGCUCUAAAUUUUCAAUAAUUCUUCCAUGUUACCAAACAAAUCCAAAAUCUAAUUCCACAGGGUCCAUUCACUUGCCUGGCCGCAAUUCUUUCUCUAAUCGGAGCUCAUUAUGCAAUCAAAUUUUUGUGCAAAGCUGGGCUCAACAGAUCCUUAACCGCUGGUAAGAAAUCUACAGUCCCCCUUGGAGCAAACAAUCCCAUACUGUAUUUUCCAGCUCUUUUUGCUCUUUGUGCAAUCGACUCGUUAUUAUUGAUCACAGUCUUCUUUUUCUACGGAAUUGAGGCGAUGUCAAUGUUGUUUUUGCAUACAAAUAUUAUGUAUGAUAAUCAACCGUAUACUUAUAAUUUGCAUGGAAUUGCCAGCUCAUUGACAACGGCGUCGGUGAGUUUUAGAGUGUUUUUUCUCGUCUGACACUAGAAAAAUAAUUUUGGGAGCACAGUUUUGAGAACAGGACCUGCCCCUAGCCCUCAAUCAUCCCAAGUUACACAAACUAUUUUCAGACAAUGCUUGUGAUCUACAUAACAUUUCUCCGUUUUAUGGUCGUAAUGCAACCUCUCCGAUUCGCCACAAACAAUUCUCAAGGUUUCCGUCGAACAGAAUCAAAACUCGCUCGAAAAACAUCGAUCACAAUUGAACAAGACUCACAAGUCACCACACUAAAUCAACAAAACCGCGCGAAUUUCUCAAAAGUCAGUAUCAAACGGCGAGAAUUUCAGCUGAAACAAUUCAUCAAGCCGUUUUGCACUCCGUUUUUAUUGAUUAUUAUGAGCUUUUGCUUGAAUAUUCCGAUAUUUUUUGAAUUUGAAGUUACGAAAUGUUUUGAUGUUGAACAUAAUGUGGAAUCAUCACAUCCGGAGCCAACCACUUUUAGAUUAUCUGUGAGUUUUGAAACAUGUCUCUGAUAUUCAAAAGUCCCAUUUUUACAGUUCACCAGCUACAAGGCUGUUCUAAUGACUCUCACACAAACCAUCGGACCAGUUGCAAUUAUUCUGGUUCUCUCAGUUCUCACAGAAUAUCGUGUACAUGUCUCCCUGCGAGCUCGCCGAAAACUUUUCGAAAGUCAAAAUCGCAAUCGAUCAGUUGUUCUGAGCGAAGAGUUGAAAGAGCGUGUAUCGCGAACACUUGCAAUUUUCAUCGCUGUCAAAUUUCUGAUCUUCCGCACGAUGCCCAUAUUUUUCGAUGUUUAUGAGAAUAUUGUGGCUGUGGAGAAUUGGGGUGUUACGUUGAGUAUUUUGGUACGGGUGUCGGAUUUUGGUAUCGUUUUGAAUACUGCCACAAAUUCUUUGGCUUAUUUUGGGAAACGACGGUGAGUUGGAAAAACUUAGAUUUUUUCGGAAGGUUCAAGAACUCUCCCACAACUCAUUGAAAGAGUUAUGACGUGGCAAAGAUACCGGAAAGUUUGAGACGCUUAGAAAAUUCAGAGGUCAGAUUCUCUGCGUCUCUAACUCUAUUUGUCUGGUUUCUCUCGAAUGUUAAUAUUUCGAAUAACUCUUCAUUUGCCACGUCAUAGCAUAUGAUUUCCAAGAACCUUAACAUGCCCAUAAGAACUUUGAUAUUUUGGCAUUUCCCGAAAUCUGUACCUAGUUAUUAUUUCGUAUUAGGUAUAGGCAUUCUAGGUAUAUAUUAAAAUCACAUGACUAAAACUGAAAAUUACAUAUUUUUUCUUGAGAGUUAGGGGAAUUCAAGGAAAUUCUUUUAAUUCAAUGUUUUUGCUUGCAGUUGGGUCGAAAAACGUCUCCGCCUGCGGCUUCUCAAAAAAGAGGAAAAACGAAAUGCAAAAUUGCUCACACCGUCACCGGAAAAUCCGAAGAGCAGUACGUCGAGUAUAAAAAGAUCACCGACUGGAAGUCAAAAAACAAUUGCGAAUAAUGGAAUUCGGGCGAAUGGAUUGACACAUCCACUUUUAGCCGAUAAAACACCUUUGGUUGCACCGGAAAAUGUAUAG